GCUGGAACUGAAUCCCGCGCUGGCCGAGGUGGCCCGGGCCGGUGGCGCUGGUUAUCUCCAGUGCUCUGGCCUCCGCCACGUUUGACCGGCAGCUCCGCGGGCCCUAACCCUUCUGCGCAGAGUGCCAGGCAGGUUCGGCCGUCACAGCCAGGUCUUGCUUUUUUUUCAUCCCUAGGCCCUGAUGCUGGCCUCAGGUAGAAAGAAGUUGCUCACUGCUCUGUUGCAGGCUCAGAAGAGGCCCUUUCAACCCUCCAGAGAUAUGAGACUGGUGCAAUUUCUGGCACCCCACCUGACAGGACCUCAUGUGGGCCUAGAGUCAGAGAAUGGUGAGGGAGUCAUAAACCUCAAUGCCUUUGACCCCACACUCCCCAAGACAAUGAUGCACUUCUUGGAGCAGGGAGAGCCUGCCCUGUCAGUGGCAAGAAGUGCCCUGACUGCCCAGUUGCCAGUCCUCCCAAGAUCAGAGGUGACCCUCCUGGCUCCAAUCACGAGGCCAGACAAGGUGGUAUGUGUCGGCAUGAAUUAUGCAGACCACUGCAAAGAACAGAAUGUGUCUGUGCCCAAAGAGCCCAUCAUUUUCAGCAAGUUUGGGAGCUCCAUCGUGGGACCCUACGAUGAGAUUGUCCUCCCGCCAGAGAGCAAGGAGGUGGACUGGGAGGUUGAGUUGGCUGUGGUCAUUGGAAAUAAAGGCAAGCACAUCAAGGCCACAGACGCCAUGGCUCACGUGGCUGGCUUCACUGUGGCUCAUGAUGUGAGUGCCCGGGACUGGCAAAUGCGACGCAAUGGGAAGCAGUGGCUGCUGGGAAAAACUUUUGACACAUUCUGCCCCCUGGGCCCAGCCUUAGUUACCAGGGACAGUGUAGCAGAUCCACACAAUUUAAAGAUCUGCUGCCGAGUGAAUGGGGAGGUGGUCCAGAGCAGCAACACCAACCAGAUGGUAUUCAAGACUGAAGAGCUGAUAGCCUGGAUCUCCCAGUUUGUCACUCUUUACCCAGGUGACAUCAUCCUGACUGGAACCCCCCCAGGUGUUGGUGUGUUUCGGAAGCCACCUGUCUUUCUCCAGAAGGGUGAUGAAGUUCAGUGUGAGAUUGAAGAACUGGGUGUCAUCAUCAACAAGGUGGUGUGAUGGUUUUGCAAGAUGGAGCAUCCACACUCACCCAGCCUACUGCCAACCUUGCCUCCCAGAGGCCACUGUUUUCAGUAGUAGGAAAGAAUGUAGAGCUCCCACAAUAAAUUUGCAAAGCCAAAGCAGCA